AUGAGGCGUGACAAUGUUUUUAGACCAGUUUGCGCAGGUGGUCUUGGGUUGGUGCACCUCUUUAUUAAACAAUUGGUAUCCCGUUUUUUCUACUUUCGGGACUGCGAUCAUCCGCUCCUUCGAACAUUUUUACAAGUGAAUCUCGUCGAUGUUUUACCAAGGUUAGUGGUAUCUGCUAAUUGUGCCUCGCCUCCCUAUUUGCAAGGAUUCAUGCGUGAAGUGUAUGAAUCAGUGCGGUUUUUGACAGUAAGAUUCUCUAACGACUAUUUAUUCACUAGUUCACGAAAAGAUCUAUAUAAUGCCAUAUUAGAUAUGUUGUUUCCUGCACCUUUGUACCGCUCACUAUAUGCUGGAUUGCCUGGACACGACGUGCUCGUGCGUGUGAAGAAAAUGCCUAUUUCACCAACAUCCAAGACAUUCUUCUACAAAGUGCAUACACAGACGCUGCCUGUGAAGACCUGGUUAAGCAGCAAAGGCAUCUUUGUAUCUUCAGUUAACUGUCGCCUCUGUGAAGUUCCGGAAACUAUAGAACAUUGCUUCAUCAGCUGUAAAGACGCCAUACUCUUCUGGGACGUUCUACAAAGGGCUUUUAAAAAACAACUCGAUUUAAAUUCGUAUAGCAUACGUUAUCUCAUGCCACCCAAAAGCCAUUCUAUGCCUGUUGACAUGCUAUUACUAAUGGGUAUGCACAGUUUAUGGAAAACUCGCAUGUUAGACAGGCAUGCGGAACCCAUGGUAUCAUCGCGGUUGCAUCUC